CUGCUGGCGGCGCUACCCGCGCUCCUAGCCACGCGCUCCCGGGCCGUGUACACCAACCACUGGGCCGUGCGGGUGCUGGGGGGCGCCGGCGAAGCGGACCGCUUGGCCUCCCACUACGGCUACCUGAACCUGGGACAGAUUGGUAGCCUGGAAGACUACUACCAUUUCCAUCACAGCAAGACCAUUAAAAGGUCAACGUUCAGCAGCAGAGGUCCACACAGUUUCCUCAGAAUGGAUCCAAAGGUAAGAUGGAUGCAGCAACAGGAAGUUAAACGAAGAGUCAAAAGACGUGUUCGACGUGACCACCAUUUUGUUUCCUUCAAUGAUCCACUCUGGCCUGGAAUGUGGUACUUGCAUUGUGAAGACAACAACAGCGAAUGUAGGUCGGAAAUGAAUGUUCUAGCAGCCUGGCAGCGAGGAUACACCGGCAAAGACGUCGUAGUAACCAUUCUCGAUGAUGGCAUAGAGAAACAUCAUCCUGACCUCAUACAAAAUUAUGACCCUCGCGCAAGCUAUGAUGUCAAUGGAAAUGACGACGAUCCGACUCCACGCUAUGACACCAGCAAUGAAAACAAGCAUGGCACCCGUUGUGCCGGGGAAGUGGCAGCAUCAGCAAACAACUCGAACUGCAUCGUGGGAAUCGCCUACAACGCCAGGAUUGGAGGCAUUCGUAUGUUGGACGGUGACGUGACAGAUCUUGUGGAAGCAAAGGCGAUUGGCACCAGACCGGAAUACAUCCACAUCUACAGUGCCAGCUGGGGCCCAGAUGACGAUGGCCGGACUGUGGAUGGCCCGGGCCCUUUGGCCAAGCAAGCAUUUGAACUGGGCAUUAAAAGGGGCCGCAGAGGACGGGGUUCUAUUUUUGUUUGGGCCUCUGGAAACGGUGGCAGAGAAGGAGAUCACUGCUCUUGCGACGGAUACACCAACAGCAUCUACACCGUCUCCAUUAGCAGUACCACCGAGCAUGGGAACAAGCCAUGGUACCUGGAGGAAUGUGCUUCCACCCUCGCUACAACCUACAGCAGCGGGGACUUCUACGAGCGGCAAAUUGUUACCACAGAUCUGAGGAGACGUUGCACGGACGGCCACACCGGGACCUCUGUUUCUGCCCCCAUGGUGGCAGGGAUCAUUGCUCUGGCACUGGAAGCCAACCCUUUGCUGACCUGGCGAGAUGUACAGCAUCUACUCGUUAAAACGUCUAGACCAGUACACCUCAUGGCCCCUGACUGGAAAACAAAUGGAGCCGGACGUCGAGUUAGCCAUCUGUAUGGAUUUGGUCUGGUCGAUGCAGAAGCUCUUGUUGUUGAAGCAAAGAAGUGGCGAACGGUCCCGGCCCAACACGUUUGUUAUGGAGCCUCAAACAAGAAGCCUUGGUUCAUCCCUGCCAACAAGACUUUGCGGACAGCGACUGUUAUCAGUGCCUGUGCAGACCACGCCGACCAUCAUGUGGCUUAUCUGGAGCAUGUCGUCGUUCGUGUGUCUAUUGCUCACCCUCGACGGGGAGACCUACAGAUAAACCUGACAUCUCCUUCUGGAACAAAGUCCCAGCUGCUGGCGAGGAGACAACAUGACGAUUCUAGUGAAGGCUUUAAACACUGGGAAUUCAUGACUGUUCACUGCUGGGGAGAAAGGGCGGCCGGAGAAUGGAUACUGGAGAUCCAGGAUAAGCCGUAUCACGUCCGAAACCCAGAGUUGCAAGGGAAGUUAAAAGAAUGGAGUCUUAUUUUAUAUGGAACAGCUGAGCCCCCAUACUCCAAUUUCAGCUCCCAACCCUCCAGGUCAAGGAUUCUGGAGAUGCCGUUGUCUGACAUGGAACCCUCGAAAGUUGCUUUCUUCCAAACUCAGAUGGAGAUGCCAGAAGAUGAAGAAGAGUACACAGGUCCGUGUCAUACGGAAUGUGGCGACCAAGGAUGUGACGGUCCCAAUGCCGAUCAAUGCCUGAACUGUUUCCAUUUCAGCCUCGGAAGCCUUAGAACUGGCAGGAAGUGUGUCAAUUCCUGUCCCCCCGGGUACUUUGGAGACAGUUCGCAACGGAAGUGCCGCCGAUGCUACAGGGGCUGUGAAGCAUGCCUGGGCAGGAGCCAGAACUCGUGCACGGCCUGCAGGCGCGGUUUCUACCACCACCAAGAAACGAAUGCAUGCGUGAUGCUCUGUCCAGCUGGGUUUUACUCUGACGACGGUCAACGGCGUUGUCAGAAAUGUCAUCAACACUGUAAGAAAUGCAUUGAGGAGAUGGACAAGUGUACUGUCUGCAAAGAUGGAUUCAGCCUCGUAGACAACAGCUGUGUUACGGGUUGCAGACCAGGCAUGUACUUGAUCAAGGAGCCAGUGCGAUGCGAGGGCUGCCACUCGAAUUGCCGGACCUGCACAGGGCCAGGCCGAGAAGAAUGUAUGCAGUGUGCCAGGAAUUUCCGCUCGCACGAGUGGAGGUGUGUCCCAACAUGUGGCGAGGGCUUUUACCCCGACGAGAGGCUUGGACUCCCGCACAGAGUCUGCAGAAGAUGUGAAGAUAACUGCUCAAGUUGUGAUAGCACCGGAAGAAACUGUCUCACGUGUCAAGAAGGCUUUAGCCUGCUUGCUGGCUCAUGCAUUGCAAGCGACAGAUGCCACAAUGCCGAUGAGAUCUUCUGUGAGAUGGUAAAAUCCAACAAGCUGUGUGAACGCAAGCCAUUUAUACAGUUUUGCUGUCGGACAUGUCUCUUGGCUGGCUAAGCUGAACAUUUUAAUAUCCGCCGUCUGGAGACCUUGUUGUGCCAGUUCUCUAGGACAACGUUCCCCCCCCUUUUUUUUUUUUUUUUUUUGGCCAAAGCUUCAGCUUGCAACUCGGAUUACUUUAGUAUUGCCUGCCGGUUUGAAUUCCCCAGUGUUACGGCUGGUAACCCCGAGUCUAGGUAACAUCGUUGCCUUGCUCGUUGCAUCUUUAAAGAAAAA